AUGCUGGACGAAGCUGCAAGGUUGGACAACCAUCACACCGGCUCGGACGGUUCCCUUCAGCUUGCGUCUUUCUGGAUCAAAUCGUGUGUCAAGACGCACGACAGAUGUCGUAUCGCAAUAUCAAGCCGCUCCUCGCCUUUCUUACCCACGAGAUUGCUGGAUGUCAGUAACGACAUGGUCAGGCUUAUCGAGAGCGAAAUCGAUAUUGGAGCCCAAGUAGAUCGAUUUUAUCUCGCAUUAAGUCAUUGUUGGGGAUUGAAAUCGAUCAUCCGUACUGUGAAAGAAAACUACGAGCAGCACAGGAAAUGUGUGCCUCCCGAGAAGAUGUCGAAGACAUUUAGAGAUGCCAUCCACACAACCCGUACAUUGGGAUUCCGCUACAUUUGGAUUGAUUCGAUGUGUAUCAUACAGGAUGACAGCAACGACUGGGCAGCUGAAGCCGCAACGAUGUGUGACGUGUACCGGUAUGCUCUUUUGACAAUAGCGGCUGCUCAUGCCCCUGGCGGAGACGUGGGUUGUUUUCAUGAGAGAGAUGGGCUGCUGAACCUUCCCUUUUACAUGGAUGUACCCUCGCAGGCAGGUUCAGGAACUCUUUUCAGGCUCCAUUUCAUCACUUACGGUCGACCUCAACCCAAAGACGUUGGGGGCGGAGAUCCAGCGCUGUAUGGACGCGCUUGGGUCCUCCAAGAACAACUCUUGUCACCACGCAUGCUCAUCUUCGAUAGUGUGCAGCUCAGGUGGGAAUGCAUCACCCUACAUGGCUCUGAGAAGACGCCGACGUCAGGCAAUACACGCCAUUCUUCGUCACACAAAUGUGUCCGCAGCGACUUCGCCUCCAAAAUGAAGCACCAGCAUUGGCGUUCCAUCGUUAUGGAGUACACACACAGAGGCAUGACGCAGCCAAGCGAUCGGUUGGCUGCUCUUGCUGGUGUCGGCCAGGCUCUUGCGCGGCACACGAAACAUGCCUAUUUAGCUGGAUUAUGGUCAGACUAUUUCCACAUUGGCCUUCUUUGGGGCAUAUCGCACAAUUCCAAGUUCAUCAUGAACGCAACUACCAACUUUGAUAUCGAAGGCAAUAAGCACAUCCGUCAUAAGCAACCUCUUGCUCCAAGUUGGUCCUGGGCAUCUGUCACUGCGCCAGUGAUGUAUGAGGUACAGGACUUGACUAACAUUGAG